CUCAGAGAAUGUCUGAAGAAGAUAAUCCUGUUAAAAACCCAGCGAAGCCAAAUUUUGGCGCAAGCGGCAGGAAGAUAGUCUACGACGAAAAUGGCAAGCCAUGCCGUGCCUGCAAUACAUUACUUGAUUUCCGGAUGGUUACAAACAAAAACAUUGCGGCUGCUGCUGUGGCAAAUGAUGCUGCAAACGCAAGGAACUGUCCUCCGGAUGUCGAGGAGUUAGGAAGAUCAACAUGGACCCUACUGCAUUCUAUUGCUGCCACGUAUCCUGAUAAACCCACAAAAAGCCAACAGGAAAACCUUUCCCAAUUCAUGAAUUCUUUCUCGAACUUAUAUCCAUGUUUUCAUUGUGCUGAUGAUUUUAGGGAGCACAUAAAGAAGGAUAAAAUAAAGGUUACCAAUAGAGACGAGUUUGGUAAGUGGUUAUGUAAUGCCCACAAUGAGGUAAAUGUCAAACUAGGCAAGCCAAAAUUUGACUGUAACUUGUGGAAGGAGAGAUGGAAGGAUGGUUGGAAAGAUGGGAGAUGCGAUUAG